ACGAACAGUGUGACGUCUCCCCGCUGUUCAAACAGACCCGGGAAAACACUGUGAGUGAACACAGACGGAGCGCAGCAUCAGAACCGGAGCCGCUCACCGUCUGUCCUGGUCAUGGUUCAGGAGUUUCAUGUCGUCAGGUGUUUCACCUGUCAGAGCUUCCAAGUGCAACAGGUGAAGAAGGUGAACAAGUGGAGCUGUAAACUGUGUGGAGUCAAACAGUCGCUGCUGAAGGAGUUUGGGCGGGGCUCCGGGGCCGACUGCAGACGUCAUGUGCAGAAACUGAACGCCAUGAGAGGAGCCAGGAUGGAGGAGCAGGAGCAACACGUCUGGUCGCUAUGGGAGCAGGUGGAGGCAGAAGGAGAGGGUGAGGAGGAGUACGACCAGGUGAGCCAGACUCAGGUGAGCCAGACUCAGGUGAGCCGCUGGAGCAAGUACCUGGACACACCUGAAGAGGCGGAGCCAGAGGAAGAGGAAGAGGAGAGUGUUUUGAUGGACAGGCAGCAGCUCCACAGCAUCAACAUGACUAACAGGAAGAGAAAGAGAAGAGAAGGAUGGACAGAUGAAGGAGGAAAGCACAGCUGGACACCUGAACAGCCACACUGUUCCAGUAUGAAGAAACCUGUGAGAUCUUCAGCCACAAACACCAGUCCAAACCCCACCAGUCUGAACCACACAAGAACUAUCAGUCUGAACUCCUCCAGUCUGAACCACACCAGUCCUUCCAGUAAGAAGAGCAUUAAUCCUCCCAGUGUGAGUACUGGUCCUGUGUCCAGGUGGGCUCAAUUCCUCAGUUCUGACUGUCAGGUAGAGGAGGAGCCUUCAGCCAGUGGGUGGAGUCAGACAGUGGUUGGGGCUGCCCCUCUGUCCUGUAACAACACUAUCAAUGAGGCCCCACCCUUUACCAGGCCCCGCCCCCUACUUCCUGCAUCCUCUAUGUUUGAGAGUGGCGCAGACUUCAGCUUUGAUGAGUUCUAAACAGACUGAAUGAUAAUCUGUUGACGGACUGAUCCAUUCAUCAGCCACUGGUUUAUAUAUGAUACAGCGUGUUAGUCUGUGAACAUUAAAGACGUUCAGACGUCAGAGACCUGCAGAGUGUUUAAGUUUUUGUGUAAAAAUAUGAAUAAAAAUGUUUUUAAAAAGUAGAUCAGACAUUUCGCCACAGAUUCGUUUCUUCAUGUUUUUAUUGUUCAGAUUAACAAUUGCAACAGUAAAGAAAAAUCAAUCAGUAAUCAAUGAGACAAAGUGAUUAAUGAGUUAACAUUGUGAUUGGUUAACGAUAAUAACAGUACUGAGAUAACAAAAUGAUUAUAAACUCAGGAAACAACAGGAACAUCUGACUGCAGGAUAAAUCAUCUCCUGGUUAGAUGUUAUUGGUUAGUAUCGAUGAUGCCAUCAUGGCUGGUGUGGGCGGGGCUGUUUGGCGUACUGGAUGGCGUCGAGCGCUGCACCAAUGUCGAAAUUCUUGGCCUGAAGGAGACGAGUCAACCAACCGCCUUCGUCAGUGAAACCCAUCGACAGCAUGUGAGACAGAGACUCCACCAGACGA